GACUUUAUAGUUUAUAAUAAAUUCUAUAGACAAAUAAAUAUAAAUUUUAUAUCAAAAGUUGGUAGUGUCAUAACAGCAUAAAGCUCAAAGUGAGUCGUUUUGGUUAGUGCCAUUCUGGUUUAGCUCAUUUUUGGCCCUAUCGCAACGCAGCGAUGAGCAAUGCAGUAACAACAACAGCAAAAUCCUAAAAUAUUAGAUUCUCCAAAAAAAAGGCAACAACUGUUUGCGAAUUAUAUUAAAUAAUUUAUAUUUAUCACAUAAAAUACCAAUAAAAUGGCGGCAAAGGUGGCAAGCAGCACAAAUAAAGUAUUCCAGAAUCACGAUGAUGUCCACAUUUCUUUCGAGGAUCAACAGCGAAUCAAUCGAUUUGCCAAGCAUAAUGCCCGCAUGGAUGACCUAAAGGUUGAACUGGAUGUAAAGAAAAAUGAAUUGAAGUGUGUAGAGGAGGCUCUCGAUGAGAUUGAGCUGUUUGAUGAGGAGGAGGAUAUACCAUUUCUUAUAGGAGAGGUUUUCCUUUUGCAUAAACUGAGCAAAACCCAACAAUUGCUGGCAGAGACCAAAGAGCAGGUCUUGAAGGAAAUCGCCAGUGUUGAGGCCAAAGCCAAGGGCAUCAAAUCGGAAAUGGAUGAACUGAAGGCGCAUCUAUAUCAACGUUUUGGUAGCAAUAUUUCCUUGGAAAACGAUGAUUAAAGAGAUUUAAUUGAUUUACCUGUUCGAAUGUGAAAA